AUGGCGGAGGCUCCUUCUCCUCCUCCAUCGUCCCAAUUUGACGAGGACCCGAACAAAGUCGACGAGGAGGACUCGAACAAGAUCGACGAGGACCCAAACAAGCUCGACGACGACCCGAAAAAUGACUCCUCCGACAAGGCAAAGGACGAAAGUUCGGAUUCCAAAAAUCUCCGCCGCCGCAAAAAAGAACACUUGAUUCGAAGGCCAAUCCCGGCGUUUAAUGAUGCCGUUUUCAAAUUUUUGAUCCCGUAUGCAAGAUAUUUGGGACACAAGACGAUCAAAAAGGGCGCCUACUACGAUCAGAUUCAGAAAGAGCUGAUCGAGAACUACCCUCAAUUUGACGGGCCCAGAGUUCGUUCCAGAAUUCAAGUGGCGUGGAAUAAGUACAAAUCUGAUGCCGAGAAGAAGUAUUUUGAUAAACGGGUCCUGAAUAAGGUAAGUCAGAAGUUGACAAAGCAAUUUUUUUCACAAGGAAAUUACUUCUAUGGGGCACGGAGUUACAGGUCGAGAGAUAUAUCAAAAAAUCGCAAAUUUUUUCUGAUUCAGAAUAUGUAAAAAUUAGCCGCCCAAUUUUGGCUUGUAUGGGCGAAAAAAUCAUCAGAACUUUUCUGACACCACGCAAAUGCCUUUUUGACCAAGUUUUUACCAAUUCGAAAACUUUGUUUUGAGCUACAGUAAACCCUUCACAAGCCUUAAAAUAUCAAAUUUGACUAAUACUACACCUUAAUUAGUAGUUCUUUUUGUAUUGGAACUGCUAUUAAGGUGUAAUAUUAAAAUAAAAUUUGAUAUUGUAAGGCUUGUCAAGAUGCCAGGGUUUACUUUAGCUCCAAACAGAACUUUUGAGUUGGUAAAAACUUGGUCAAAAAGGCAUUUGUGUGGUGUUUCGAGAAAAGUUCUGAGGAUUUUUUUCGCCCUUACAAACCAAAACUGGGCAGCUAAUUUUUCCAUAUUCCGAAUCAGAAAAAAUUUUGCGAUUUUUUUUUGAUAUAUGUCUCGACCUGUAACGCUAUGCCCCAUAGAAGUAUUCUCCUUGUCAAAAAAAGUCAAAUGGUGCCGUACGAGUACUGCUUUUUUCCGAUUUUUUAAUAAGCAUGUGCUCUAUUCUCCCGUUUUCAGCGCGACCGUAUCGUCCUCAAAGCUCUCGGCUACCGUCUAGAUUAUCAGAAUCUAAGAAGACCGUCCGAAGAGCUUCAACAUCUCCCCAAAAACCCCGCAUAUAACAACACAUGGACCGCCGCUAUUUGCGACAUCAUGGAGCCGUUCGUUACGAAGAUGAAGUGCGGCAAAGACGAGGAGACGGACCGACUUUGGGGUGUAAUCGUGGAGAAAGUCGCCGUGCAAUUCCCGGAGCUCCGCGAAGAGCCGAAAUUGAAACGCCGAUUGCAGUGUCUGUUCCGCAACUUCCGAUAUCGAGCACUGCGAAGGAAGCAGAGGGGGAAGGUGUUGAGUGAUGUAAGUGCAAGAUGGUUCGGCGACAAACAGUGGAAAAAAUCAGGAUCGAGCGACAGCCCAAACAAACUUUUUGCACCGUGCAAAAAGCAAGAAAUUGCACAGUGCAAAGUGAACUUUUGUUUUCGCACCGUGCAUGCCGCGGAAAUCGCUCCAACGACUUUGCGAACCCCCGACUUUUUGCACUGUGCAUUUGAAAUAUCGCUGUGACGCAAGCUCUUCCCAACUGCGUCGCUGCGAUUUGGCUCAAAAAUGUGCACAGUGCAAUCGGCUUUUUUGAGGUUUGCACGGUGCACAAAGGCAAAAAUCCACAGUGCGUUAGCGACAAAAAUUCAAGAUGCACUGUGCGAAAGCGAAAAGAUGUGCAGAAAAAUUUUGCUUUCGAAUUUUCGAAACGUUUUGCACUGUGCAAUUUCUUCUCGCCCGCCCAAAAUUCGCGGCGGCUCCGUUGAGAAAAGCUUGCGUCGCUGCGAUAUUGAACUUGCACGGUGCAGAAGUUCAAAUGCACGCCGCAAAAAGGGGCUUUGUGAGCGGUGUGUCCCACGGCAAAAAGUCUACGCACUUUCUGGAACGACUUGUCGUGCCUGAAAAAGUCGUUGUAUUACGAUUUUUCAAAAGUGCGUAGACUUUUUGUCGUGGGCCACACCGUGCACAAAACUUUUUUUGCGGCGUGCAUUUGACCUUUUGCACCGUGCAAGUUCAAUAUCGCAGCGACGCAAGCUUUUCUCAACGGAGCCGUCGCGAAUUUUGGACGGGCGAGAAGAAAUUGCACAGUGCAAAAUGUUUCGAAAAUUCGAAAGCAAAAUGUUUCUGGACAUCUUUUCGCUUUCGCACAGUGCAUCUUGAAUUUUUGUCGCUAACGCACUGUGGAUUUUUGCCUUUGCGCACCGUGCAAACCUCAAAAAAGCCGAUUGCACUGUGCAAAUUUUUGAGCCAAAUCGCAUCGACGCAGUUGGGAAAAGCUUACGUCGCAGCGAUAUUUCAAAUGCACAGUGCAAAAAGUCGGGGGUUCGCAAAGUCGUUGGAGCGAUUUCCGCGACAUGCACGGUGCGAAAACAACGGAGCACGAAACUGGCACUUUGCGGCGCGAAAAAAGGCCGAAAAAAGUCUACGCACUUUUGAAAAAGCGUAAUAAUAACGUCGCACCUCAAACCAAAAAAAAAUUUUUUUACCAAAUUUUUUAUCAAACAGUUUCCAGCACAUGGAAAUUGCGUGCAAGUAUGGUGGCGCAGGCUCAGAACAAAGCCCGAUGGAGAUUGAUGACUUUGAAGAUCCCAUAGAUGAUGACCCACUGGAUGAAGACGAGAACAACCGCAUCAACCUAUCCCUCUCCUACAAUGUCACGGUGAGCUCCGCAAUCUGCGAAGCCCUCGCGCCGUACAUUAAGCAGAUGAAGUUUGGCCGAGACAAGGAGACGGCCCGGCUUUGGGAUGUGGUCGUACAAAAAGUCGCCGACCAAUUCCCCCAUCUCAGCGAGGAGCAGAAGUCGAAACGACGCAUUCGCAGUCUGUUCAAAGACAUUAGAAAACGAGCGCUGCAGCGAAAGGCCGAUGGGAAGCCGUUGACUGAAGUAAGUGGGAAAUAUUUUCUGUCGUCCAGAAAGUUCGUUCGUUUUUUCCUUGCUUUCUUUUACAAGGAUUGUUUGUUCUUUGGCAAAUGGAAUAUAUUUAUUUGAUACAGCUUUUUCUCCUCUACAAAACUGGCUGUAUCAAAUAAAUAUGUGCCCUUUGCCAAACAACAAACAAUCCUUGUAAAACAAAGCAAUGAAAAAAACGAACGAACUUUCUGGACGACUUAAUAUUUUUUUCGCGGCGAGUCGUAGCACCAUUUUUUUCAGCACCAAGAAAUUGCCUGUAUGUAUGGUGGCGGAGGCACUGAAAAAAAUCAACCCGAAUUUGACAUGGAAGACCCACUAGAGGAUGAGCCUCUGGAAGAAGGCGAGAUUCGCUGUAAUUCACCAAAACCGAAGAAGCUCAAGGUUUCUUCCGACCUUCUCAGACAUUUCGGAUCUUCCGAGUCCCCAGUGACCUCCAAUGUCAAAGACGAGGAUUUGGAAGAAGAUCCCGAAAAUGGGCUCGAUGACGCGCCGAGUCGGAUGGGAUCAGCAGAAGCGGCUGGGAGGUGGGGCAGAGAAGACAGCGAGGAGAAUGAGGAUGACCUAGGGUCAUUCUCGAGCUUCGAGCCGGAAUUCAGAGACGACACGGCUUCGCCAAAUGAAACGGUAAGUAUAAUACAGUGGGAGACCUGAUCCAGUGGCAAAAAACGUAUCAUUUUGCAUCCAGGAAGUAUCAAAAAUGUGGCAAAAUGCCUCCCUCUUCAAGUGAAAAAAACUCAGAUUUUGCGCCCUUUUUCCUCACAAAAAGAGCGGGCGCGCUUUUGAAAUCUGAGUUUUUCACUUGGAGAGGGAGGUAUUUUGCCACCUUUUUGAUACUUCCUGGAUGCAAAAUGGUACGGUUUUUGCCAUUGGAUAGGUCUGUCACUUCAUUUAUGGCCGGGACUUAUAAAUUUUUGUGUGUACAGAAAUUGUGUCACGAUGACACAGCUUUAAAAUGUGCCAGCGGUAUAAAAAACUAGCUUUAUAUGGCUAUGAGUACUCCUUGGGCUGCCCACAAAAAAAUUAGGUUCAAAACUUUUGCAGUUCUCAAUUUGGAUGACGGGGUUUCAGGAUUUUUUUCAUGUUGUUUCAAUUUUUUCUCAUCGAGAAGGUUUGUGCUCAAGAAAGAAAUGAAACAAUAUGAAAAACUCCAGAAAAUCCAUCACCCAAAUUGAGAAUUGCAAAAGUUUUGGACUUAAUUUUUGUGGGUAUUCCAGGGAGUACUCCUAGCCAUGUACAGACGUUAUUUAUGCCACUGGCACAUUUUAAACCGGUGUCAUUGUGACAUAUUUUCUGGACACCCAAAGAUUUGUAAGCCCCGAGCCAUAUAUCAUCAUUCCUGAAAAUUUCAGUUUACGAUGGAAAAAGAGCGCUCCGCCGCUCCAUCCUCCCGGUUCGACGAGGACGACUCAAACGAUGACUCCUCCGACAGUGAAUGGCGCGACUCCCCGCAGAACGCUCAGUCGUCGGCGUUGGACGACGCGACCACCUCAAAACCAACCCCCGCCAUCCACGAUGCCGCCUUCGAGUUCAUAAUCCCAUACGCAAAAUAUUUGGCAAGCAACGCGUCCAACAAGACCAAGUAUUACGACCUAAUUCAACAAUCAAUGCUCAAAAAGUACCCGCAAUUCGAAGGCCCCCGACUGCGGACUAUGAUCCAGUCCGCGUGGAGUAGUCAUAAAGCCACAGCCCUGAAAAGGUAUUACGGUAAAUUGGUGCUGAAUAAGGUAAGUCGGAGAAGGAAGGGCCGAUAAGGUUUCUGAAUGGGAGGUGGUUUUGACCAUGGUAUCUGUAGCUACUUAUGGAAAAAAAGAUAUAAAGCAAAGUCAUGAUACAGUGACGGACCUGAUCCAGUGGCAAAAAACGUACCAUUUUGCAUCUGGGAAGUAUAAAAAAUGUGGCAAAAUGCUUUUCUCUCCAAGUGAAAAAACUCCGAUUUAAAAAGCGCGCCCGCUCAUUUUGUGAGGGAGCCCUUCAAAACGGAGUUUUUUACUUGGAGAGGGAAGCAUUUUGCCACAUUUUUGAUGCUUCCUGGAUGCAAAACAGUACGUUUUUUGCCACUGGAUCAGGUCCCCCACUGUAGAACAACCGAAAAAUCUCAAAGCGAAGGUGUUUUAUCUCUCACCGCUCUCCCCAUUUUUCGUACUCUCUCGUAUGAAGAUAUCGUUGAAUAUAAAGGUGGUCACCGAAUUUCUCGACCUUUAUUUUCUCUGUAGCGUCGAAUUUCAGUGCAAAAAUGGGUUGAAAUUGAUUUUGAAAAAUCAGUGCCAAAAAAGGUCGAAAAUUUGGAAAAACCAGUGCAUUUUGGGAUGAUGAUUUGAAAAAUGAUUUCACACUUUAAUUUUCGUCCUACAACGAUUUUUCAAAAAAAUAUGCGUUAGUUUUUCCCUAAUUUUUGAUCUUUUUUGGCACUGAACUUUCAAAAUGAAUGUCAGCCCAUUUGUGCACCGAAAUUCGACCCAGCAGCAAAAAUAACAGUCGAGAACGUCGAUGACCACCUUUAUAUUCAACGAUAUUUUCAUACGAGAGAGUGCGGAAAAUGAGGAGAGCGGUUAGAGAUAAAAUUCCUUCGCUUUGAGAUUUUUCGAUUUUUUAAUAAUCAGGUGCUCUACAGUGGCGGACCUGAUUCAUUGGCCAAAAACGUACCAUUUUGCAUCCGGGAAGUAUCAAAAAUGUGGCAUAAUGCUUCCCUCUCCAAGUGAAAAAAACUCCGAUUUCAAAAGCGCUUUUCUGUGAGGGGAAGUGCGCCCUUCAAAACGAAGUUUUUUCGCUUGGAGAGGGAGGCAUUUUGCCAUAUUUUUGACACUUCCCGGAUCCAAAAUGAUAAGUUUUUUGCCACUGGAUCAGGUCCCUCACUGUAUUCUCCCUUUUUCAGCGCGACCGUAUGGUCCUCAGAGCUCUUGGCCAUCGUCUAGAUGAGCAGCAUUUAAGAAUACCGUGCGAGGAUCGUCAAGACCUACCCAAAUCCCCUGCCUACAACAACACAUGGACCGCCGCCAUCUGCGAAGCCAUGGAGCCGUUCGUUACGAAGAUGAAGUGCGGCAAAGACGAGGAGACGGACCGACUUUGGGGUUUGAUCGCUCAGAAAGUCGCCAAACAAUUCCCGGAGCUCCAAGCGGAGAAGAAAUUGAAACGCCGACUGCAGACUAUUUUCCGCAACUUUCGAACCCGGGCGCUGGCGAGAAAGGCCUUGGGGAGGGCGCUGACUGAUGUAAGUGUGAAAUUUGAAGCAUAAAUUUUUCAUAUAAAAAUCUAUAUUUUGUAAAAAGAAAUUGGACAAAAAGAUAUAAAAAUCGGAAAAAAUUUUUGGUUCACCCUAAUAUCAGGAAAUUUUCAGCAUCAAGAAAUUGCCUGUUUGUAUGGUGGCGAAGGCGCUGAAAAAACCCAACUUGAAUUUGCUGCGGAAGAUGAUCCCAUGGAAGAAGACGAACAAGGUCAAACUCGCUCUCACUCGUGUCCAAGAAGGCCAUCGGAAGCCCGUCAAACUUCACCGAAGUCCCAUGAAUUUAUGCCAUCGUUGAGCACCGCCGUCUGCGAAGCCAUCGAACCAUACGUGGCGAAGAUGAAGUUCGGCCGAGACAAGGAGACGGACCGACUUUGGGAUGUGGUCCUCAAAAAAGUCGCCGAAAAAUUCCCGAAUAUCAGCAUGACGUACCAAUCGAAACGACGGAUUCGCAGUCUAUUCCAUAACAUCCGAAUCCGAGCCAUUGGCAAAAGGGCCCGCGGACAGCCGUUGACUGUAGUAAGUGGGAAAUUUGUAUUGAAAUUAGCAGGGAAAUCAUCAAAAAGUCGAUCAAAAUAGGUAUACAGUGGGGGACCUGAUCCAAAGGUAAAAAAUGUACCAUUUUGCGUCCGAGAAGUAUCAAAAAUGUGGCAAAAUGCUUCCCUUUCCGGAAGAACUACAGUAACGAAAAAUUUUGGAACUUUUGAUUCGAGACAUACUACAGUGGGGGACCUGAUCCAAUGGAAAAAAUGUACCAUUUUGCAUCCAGGAACUAUCAAAAAUGUGGCAAAAUGCCUCCCUCUCCAAGUGAAAAAACUCCGAUUUCAAAAGCGCGCCCGCUCUUUUUGUGGGGAAUUUUUUUAAACGGAGUUUUUUUCACUUGGAGAGGGAAGCACUUUGCCACAUUUUUUAUACUUCUCGGACGCAAAAUUAUACGGUUUUUGCCACUGGGUCUGGUCCGUCACUGUAAAUGUUUUUAUGACCACUUUUUCCAUGUUUUUUGCCAACAAUUUCAUAUCAAAAAUGUGGCAAAAUGCCUCCCUCUCCAAGUGAAAAAACUCCGAUUUCAAAAGCGCGCCCGCUCUUUUUGUGGGGAAUUUUUUUAAACGGAGUUUUUUUCACUUGGAGAGGGAAGCACUUUGCCACAUUUUUUAUACUUCUCGGAUGCAAAAUUAUACGGUUUUUGCCACUGGGUCUGGUCCGUCACUGUAAAUGUUUUUAUGACCACUUUUUCCAUGUUUUUUGCCAACAAUUUCAUAUCAAAAAUGUGGCAAAAUACCUCCCUCUCCAAGUGAAAAAACUCCGAUUUCAAAAGCACGUCCGCUGUUUUUGUGAGGGAGCCAUUCAAAACGGAGUUUUUUCACUUGGAGAGGGCGGUAUUUUGCCACAUUUUUGAUGCUUCCCGGAUUCAAAAUGGCACAUUUUUUGCCACUGGAUAAGGUUAGUCACUGUAAAUGGUUUUUUGACCACUUUUUCGAUUCUUUUUGUCGAAAAUUUCAUAUCAAAAAUGUGGCAAAAUGCUUCCCUAUCCAAGUGAAAAAACUUCGCUUUGAAGAGCGCCCGCUCUUUUUGUGAGGGAGCCCUUCAAAACGGAGUUUUUUCACUUGGAGAGGGCGGUAUUUUGCCACAUUUUUGAUGCUUCCCGGAUUCAAAAUGGCGCAUUUUUUGCCACUGGAUUAGGUCUAUCAUUUGUAAUUGCUUUUUUGACCACUUUUUCGGUUCUUUUUUCCGAAAAUUUCAAGGCAGUAUAGCGAGAAAAACGUUUUUUUUUUGCCUAACCCAUCUUUUUCAGCACCAAGAAAUUGCGUGCAGAUAUGGCGCCGAAGUCGGCGAACAGAACCAAAUGGAACUUGAUCUGGAAGACCCCAUGGACGACAGCCUUCUGGAUGAAGCCGAAAUGAGCUCCAACAACACUCACGAAACAGAAAUUAUCAAGGUUUCUACGGACAACCGAUAUCACGGACCCUCGAAGGCCCCACUAAUUUACAUUGUCAAGAAAAAGAAUCAGCCAAAAAGUAGGCUCGACAGCGACGCGUCAGAUCGCAGCCAAAUCACCUUGAAUUCCCUUGUGGAGUCGGCAAAGGCACCAGCAGAGCCGGCUGGAAUGUUGGCAGGAAAAGAAGGCGAGAAAAGGCAAGAUGAACCAGGACCCUCGUCCAGCCUGGAGCCGGAAUGCAGAACCGACACGGCUUCGCUAACGGAAGCGAAUAGUUCGGUGAGUAGUUUUUUCGGGCCACAUAGGCUUCAUUGAAGCCUAUGUGGCCCUCUGAUCUAGAAGACUUGUCUGUCGAAAAAAACCCCAUAAUAAAGUCGAAGAGGCCCUUUUUUUAUUUUUACUGAUGUUCCGAAGGCCCCUCGACCGAAGAGGCCCCCUUGUAAAAUUUAAAAAAUCAAAGUGAGAGGUGACAUGUCAUACGAUGAAACAUUUUACUAAAUAGUUUUUUUUUCAAAAUCGGAGGUGAGAUUUUACUAUUUAUUUACGAAUUAGCUAGUAACAGUUAUGGUAAAAUUCGACCAAAGAUUGAGAUAAAUAUAGCUCAGCAGCACUUUUUGAAGAGUUACAAAAAAUUUGCAUCGUAUAAAAUCUCACCUCUCAUUUUGAUUUUUUAAAAAUUUUUUUAUGAAGGAGUCGUCUUUAGUCGAGGGGUCUCUUCACAAUUUUUGUGAAAAUAAAAAAGAGCCUCUUCGACUUUCUUAGGGGGCUUCUUUCGGCCUCCUAGGAGCUUUUUGGGCUAAAAAAAUUGCAUCGUAUAACAUGUCGCCUCCUAUUUUGAUUUUUUUUUAAUAAAGGAGUUCUCUUCGGUCAAGGGGCCUCUUCGGAAUUUUCGUGAAAUUUUAAAAGGGCCUCUUCGACUUUUUUAGGGGGCUUCUUCGGCCGAGAGGCCUCAUAGGACCUCGUCGGGAUAAAAAAAUGCAUCGUAUAACAUGUCACCCCUCAUUUUGAGAUGUUUUUUUACUUUUAUUCUAGGUCAAGGGGGCCUCUUCGGCUACAACGUUUUUUUUUUUUGAUUUUGGUUUACAGAUAACAGACAUCAAUUAUAAUAUAUUCCUGUUUUCAGCAGAGCGCCAAAAGCCUCCCUCUGUCCCAAUGGCUGAAAAUUGUGGACUUUUGUCAACGCGCCAAUCAGGACUUCUACCUGGAGGGAAAUCAUCUCGUUUUCACCGACCGAAGCCGUCGCGAAAAGGUACUUCGAAUCCCAAUGGAUCGAGUGUGCCUCGAAUAAAGCUAAAACUGUUAUUAUAUUUUAUAUUGUACGGGGUAUUAUGCAUGUGUGAAAUCUCAGUCAGCAAUGACAAUAAACAAUUUAUUUUUUUUUAUUUUUUUGUUAUUUUUUGAGCUAUAUUGGGUGGAUUCCCCAAACUUUAAGUUCGGAUUUUUUUAUACAGAUUGAUUAUCCUAUGAAAAUUUUUUGUCAUGUCAAAUUUUUCUGUCAUUUUGAUUGCUAAAUUGAACUUUUUGUGGAAAAUUUUUGUAGAUUUUUGCUAAAAAGGAAGGUAUUUCUAUGGGGAAUGGAGUUACAGGUCGAGACAUAUAUCAAAAUUUGCAAAAUUUACCUGAUUCGGAUUGUGUAAAAAUUAGGUGCCGAAUUUUGGUUUGUAAGGGUGAAAAAAUCCUCAGAUCUUCUCUCGCAACACCACGCCUUUUUCACCAAGUUUUUACCAAAUCAAAAGCGUUGUUUUGAGCUAAAAUAAACCUGGCAUCUUGACAAGCCUUAAAAUAUCAGUCUGUCGGAAAAAUAACGGCGGAUCGUCGCAUCGAAAUGUCUCGCCUCGCCGCUAUCGCGCACCAAAUCCCAAGCCGCCGCUUGCAGUCGCAAAGCGAUGAUGGGCGAUUCCGAGGCGCGACGAUCCGCCGUUUUUUUCCCGAAAGACCGAUAUCAAAUUCGGUUAAUACAACACCUUAAUUAUUAGUUCUAAUUGCCGUCAUUUUCGUCAUGUAAAAUUUUUCUGUCAUUUUAAUAGCGAAAUUGAACUUUUUUGGAAUUUUUUUUCAUUUUUACAAAAAAAAAAUCGUAAAGAUUGAAAAUUUUUAGGAACUAAAUUGCUCGUUCUUGUAAAAAAACCGAUGAAAUGAGCAGUAAGACUAGUGACGACUAAUACUAACGAUAUUCAUCAUAGUCUAUGUUAUAUUCUUGGUAUACCAUGCUUUUCAAUCUAGCCAAAAUGACGUCAUUUUUAAAAAUUAUGUCAAAUUAAAAACCCUGCAGCAUUAAGACUUUGAAUUUCUUGCGAUUUCAAAACAAACUUUCCGACCCAAAAAUUUUCGUUGGCCUCGCACAAACCGCGCGAAUUCCAAGCGGAGCUGUGCGCUCGAAAAUUGGGGCGAAAAAAUGUUGGAGCGGAGGGGGCGAGAAAAUGCACGAAGAAAUAUAGGACAGAAAGCAAAGCUGAAAAUCUGUCUUUUUCUUUUCCCCCCGUGGUCGUCCGCGGCGGGAGAACCCCCACACUCGUGUUUCUCGCCGCCCGACUCGCCCCGAAAAGAAUUGAAUUCGGGGCUUUGCUCUCCGUCUCGGAAAGCAAAAUUGCUUUCUGACGAAAAAAAUAUUUUUUUCACUCGAAAGGACGCCCUUUCCCCCCACUUCGACGGGCGCGUUUUGAGUUCCUUUUCCCUGCAAAAUUUCCGUAUAUCCUUGGGAAUCUUGGCGUAUUUUUGGUUUUAAACGCCGGGAAAUAGUCUCGUUUUGCUUGGGAAUUUGACGGGAUUUUUUGGAAAUGACGUCAUUUUUGUCAUUUUGGCUGGAUUUUUGAAUUUCUCCACUUGGAAUUGGCGCGAUUUGCGGGGCCAACGAAAAUUUUUGGUUUGGAAAAAUAAAAUUUGUUUUGAGAUCGCAAGAAAUUCAAAGUCUUAAUGCUUUAGGGGUUUUAAUUUGACAUAAUUUUUAAAAAUGACGUCAUUUUGGCUAGAUUUAAAGGCAUAUUAUACGAAGAGUAUAACAUAGAGUUUGAUGAAUAUCGUUAAUAUUAGUCGUAACUAGUCUUACUGCUCAUUUCAUCGGUUUUUUGACAAGAAAGAGCAAUUUAGUUCCUAAAAAUUUUAAAUUUUUACGAUUUUUUAGCAAAAAUCAACAAAAAUUUUCCAAAAAAAGUUUAAUUUGACUGCCAAAAUGGCAGAAAAAUUUGACACGACGAAAAUGGCGGCAAUUUGAUAACGUCACUGAAGUGUUAAGUUGACGAUUUAGCAACCAUAACUAGUCGCGCCAUAAAGUCCCGACACUCUUGCACUUGCGCUUUUUUCUUUUUUUCGGACCCCGAUUUCCCCUUUUUGCACUAGCCACAUGCACUUUCGCGCCAGCUCACCCCCAAUUUUCGCGCGCGAUAUCCGCGAUAAAGCGCCGGGACUAUGGCUCGGCUAAUAGCUAUCGCGGCACUAGAAAAUAUGAACAUCGAAUCCAAAUAGUUUUUGGGAGGUUAUAAAAAACCCGCCACUAUUUUCCCGACAGACUUAUAUUAGGUCUAGAAGUAUGACUUUGUCGUUUUCUUGUUUUGCGUUUUUCACAGGUUGAGAUAAAAUUUCGUAAUUUCUGUUUAGAGCAUAUGAAAGAACGCUGAAAACGCUAUCUACUGGUAUAUGUUUCAUGUGGUAGGGCUUUAUAUCACGACUUUUAUAAAGCUUCCAAUAUGACCAACUUCGCCUUAAGAAAAUGUCGUUUGCGGGAAACUUUAUUCUGCACGUGUAAUGUGAGGAAAAACGCCGAUGACGCAUCAAGCGCUCAUUAUAGCUUAUGUUAAUCGCGCUUCGUUUAAAAAAAUCAGUUGGGAAUGGCUUCAACGGUUCAAAACCGGAGAUCUCCAAACCCACCUUAAAAGUUGUUAGAUGGAGAAUAUUGGUUAAAGCCGACGCCCGGAUGCAGUAAUAGUUAGCCGAAAAGCUGAACGUGACGCAGUAAGGAGUUUAACUCAGUUUGCAUCAAAUGGGAAUGAUCCAAACGGAAGGGACUUGAGUCUCAUAUGGAUUGACCUAACGCAACAUGGAGAAUAUGCAAAAUUUUGACAGACAGACGGGAAGAAAGGCAUUUCUGUAUCAUUUAGUGUUCAGAGACGAAUAAUGGAUCGAUUUUGACAACUACAAGAAAAAGCGACCGUGUCUUCCAACAUUACCGAGAAGAAAGUUUUGCUCUGUAUAAUAUGACAUAAACAAGAUGUUCUUUACUGAGAGCUCUUGAAAACCGGUAGAACGGUUACUGGUAUCCGUUAUCAACAAUAGCUGAUGCAACGGAAGCAAUAGCGAUGAUUAAAGCGGUCGGAAAGAAAAAUUUUUAUUUUGCUGCAUGAUGACGCCAAACCCCAUGUUGAAAAACCGGUCGAAAACACCCUAGAACCGCUGAGUUGGGCGGUGUUCGCGCACCCGCUAUACUCUCCGGACACCGUACUUUCGGACUAACACUUGUUUCGAUCGACGACACUCGAUCUGAGGCCGCAACGCUUCGCUGAAUACAAAAAUGUCAAAAAUUGGCCCGAUGACUAAAUCGCCUCAAAACAAAAAAACGUUUUCACUGAUGGUAAAAAAAAGUUGGUAAAAUUGUUGAAAAAUGUCGUAGUUAGUAGUGGUAAUAAUAAUUAAAUAAGCUUUAGUGUAAAGUUUUUUGUUUUAGUUUAAAUUAUGAGCCGCAAAAAACGACAAAGUCAUACUUCUAAACCUAAUAGAAAAGUAGGCUCUAAAUUUGAGCCAAUUUUACAUCCAGCUCCGUUUGCUACGUGUGAAAUAUAAUACUAGUCGGCUCGUAAAGUCGCUGGAGUGAUUUUUGGCGUUUGCACUGUGCAGAAAAAGUCAGAGAGACAGUCCGAAAAAGCCUAUUGCAUGGUGCAAAAAAGCUAGAAUUUGCACAGUGAAAAGUGAACUUUUGUUUUUGCACAGUGCAUGUGGUCAAUAUCACUUCAGCAACUUUCCGGGCGACAAGUACAGUGGGGGACCUGAUCUAGUGGAAAAAACGUAUCAUUUUGCAUCCGGGAAGUAUCAAAAAUAUGGCAAAAUGCUUCCUUCUCCAAGUGCAAAAACUCCGUUUUGAAGGGCUCCCUCAAAAAAAGAGCGGGCGCGCUUUUGAAAUCGGAGUUUUUUCACUUGGAGAGGGAGGUAUUUUGCUACAUUUUUGAUACCUCUCGGAAGCAAAGUGGUACGUUUUUUGCCACUGGAUCGGGACCCCACUGUAUAUGGUAAAAUACGAGCACUAUUCCAUAUAAAUACUUUUCUAUUAGUUUGUCGGGAAAAUAGUGGCAGGUUUGUUAUAAUCUCCCAAAAACUAUUGGGAGAUUAUAACAUGUUCAUAUUUUCUAGUACCGGGCUAGCUACUAGCCGAGCCAAUAUUUCCCCAACAGGCUUUUACAAUUUUGUAACUCCCUCAUAGGCAAUUUGAAAACUCUUUCUCUGAGAUUACCAUGCGAAUUUUAGAUGGCCAACGAUCAUUCUCCGGCUCCGUCGUCGCAGUUCGACGACGACUCGAACGACUACACCUGCGAGAAGGUGAAGGGCGAACCGUUGGACCUGGAAGCGCUCCUCUCCUUCCAAAAAACCCAAUCCUCGGCGUUGGAGGAGGUGAACUACCUGUUCGGGAAGCCGCUCCCCUCCCGAACCGGGCCCGGCCAUCAGUUCCAUAACGCUGUUUUUGAAUUGAUCAUCCCGUACGCCAAGUAUUUGGGAAACAAGGCGACCAAACGACAGUAUUACGAUUUGAUUCAGCGGGAAGUGGUGAAGCGCUACCCCGAAUUCAGAAGCCCCAAACUUCGAGUCAACAUUCAAGCGUCGUGGAGUCGCUACAAAUUGCUGGCCGAGAAAAGGUAUUUCGACAAAGCACCGCUGAAUAAGGUAAGUGGACACUUGUAACUCCAUACCCCGUCGAAGUAUUUUCCUUCUAAAACAUAGCGGGUUUUUAGAUUUUUUGGCAAGGAUCUUCUAAAAAAGUAGUACUCCUCUAAAAAUUUUUCAGCGCGACCGCAUGAUCCUCGAAGCUCUCGGGCACCCGCUGGAUGAUCCGGACCCAAGAAGACCGUCUCCAACCCCACCCAAAUCCCCCGCCUACAAGAACACGUUGAGCGCCGCCAUCUGCGAAGCCAUUGAGCCAUUUGUCACAAAAAUGAAGUUCGGAAGAGACGAGGAGACGGACAGACUUUGGAGUGUGGUCGUUGAAAAAGUCGUGGAGCAAAUCCCGGAGCUGCGGGGUGAGAAGCGGUUGAAACGACGCAUUCAGAAUCUGUUUCGCAACAUCAGAAGUCGCGCGCUGCGGAAAAAAGCCAUGGGCAAGGUGUUGACUGAGGUAAGAACGAAAUUUUUGUUGAGAAUAUGAGCGAAAAAGCCGAAAAUUUUUGUUUUCAUGGCAUAGCGAGACCACAUAUGGCUCGGGACUUAUAAAUCUUUGUGUGUCCAGAAAAUGUGUCAUGAUGACACUGGUUUAGAAUGCGCCAGUGGUAUAAAAAAAUGGCUGUAUGAGGUUAGUAGUACUCUCUAGAGCAAGUAAAAAAAAUUUUGGACAUUGAAAAGCUUGGGAGAAAAAAUCCAGAAAAUCCGUCAUCCAAAAUUGUGGAUUAAAGCAGUUUUAAAAUUUGAAUUUUUUUGUAGUUGCUCUAGAGAGUACUCCUAGCCAUAUAGAGCCGUUGUUUUUACCAUUGGGACAUUUUAAACCUAUGUCAUCGUGACACAUUUUCUGGACACAAUCAGAUUUAUAAGUCCUGAGCCAUGUAUACCAAGUUCUGAAGGUUUUAGCUCUUGCUUUGUGGUCUUAUCUGAGGUUUCCAAAAUUUUUUUGCAGACGAAAAUGAGUUAUCAAUGUUUUUUUGAAUAUUUUUUUUCCAGCACCAAGAAAUUUCCUGCCGAUUUGGCGGCGAAGGCGCUGAACAAAACCAAAUCGAAUUCGAUCUGGAAGACCCACUAGAUGACGACCCUCUGGAGGAAGACGAAAUCAGCUACAGUAACUCGCCAAGAACAGAGACGAUCAAGGUGUCAUCGGAGUCGCUGAGGUAUUCCGGGUUCCCCAAAUCCCAGUCCAAUCCCAAAGACGAGGACUUGGAAGAAGAUCCCGCAAAUAAGCUCGACAAUGACGCGUUGAAUCGCAUCCAAAUGAGCCUGAAUGCACUUAUGGAGUCGGCGAAAGCAUCCGCAGAGACGGAUGGGAUGUUGGCCACAGAAGAGAGCGAGGAAAAUCAAGACGAACCAGGCUCCUCGUCAAGUCUGGAGCCGGAAUCCAGAGCCGACACGGCUUCGAUAGCCGAGGCGAACAGUUCGGUGAGUAGUUUUUUUUUGAUUGUGGUGGUCCCGUGAUGGAAAUGAGUAAAUUUUUUCAUCGUAUGACAUGUCACCUCACUUUGAUUUAAAAAAAAAUUUUUUUAAAGGGGGCUUCUUCGGUCGAGGGGCCCCCGGAAUUUUUGUGAACAUGAAAAAGGGGGCCUCUUCGGCUUUUUAGGGGGCUUCUUCGACAUAGGGGCCUCCUACAGUGGGUUACCUGAUCCUGUGGCAAAAAAAACGUACCAUUUUGCAUCUGGGAGGUAUCAGAAAUGUGGCAAAAUACCUCCCUCUUCAAGUGAAAAAACUCCGUUUUGAAGGGCUCCCUCAUAAAAAGAGCGGGCGCGCUUUUGAAAUUGGAGCUUUUUUCACUUGAAGAGGGAGGCAUUUUGCCACAUUUUUGAUACCCCCCGGAUGCAAAAUGGUACGUUUUUUGCCACUGGAUGAGGUCCCCUACUGUAGGAAACCCCUUUGUCGAAGAAGCCCCCUAAAAAAUCGAAGAGGCCCUUUUUUAUUGUCACGAAAAUUCCGGAGGCCCCUCGACCGACGAGGCCCCCUUUAAAAAAAUUUUUUUUAAUCAAGGAAAGGUGACAUGUCGUACAAUGAAAAAAUUUACUCAUUUUUGGUCACCCCUCAUUUUGAUUUUUUUUUUCGGAACCACUUUGGUCGGGGGACCUCUUCGGAAUUUUUGUGAAAAAGGGGCCUAUUUUAAAGAUUUUUUUGAUUCUUUUUGGGGGCUUCGUUGCCCACGGGGUCUCCUCGGUCAGGGGGCCCUCUUCGGCCGCAACUUUUGAACAGUUACCUAAAAUUUGCAUCGUAUAACAUGUCACACUUCAUUUUGAAAAAAUUAAAAAAAAUCAAAGUGAGGUGACAUGUCAUACGAUGAAAAAUUUUUCCCAUCCCUCAUUUUGAAUUUUUUUGGGAUCACUUUGGUCGAGGGACCUCUUCAGAAUUUUCGUGAAAAGGGGGCAUAUUCGACUCUUUUUGGGGCCUUCGUUGGACGCGGGGUCAUGUCAGGGGGGCCCUGGCAUGACCCUUUCGGCCGCAACUUUUGAACAGUUACAUAAAAUUUGUAUCGUAUAACAUGUCACCCUUCAUUUUGAAAAAAUUUAAAAAAUGAAGGUGAGGUGACAGGAUGAAAAAAUCUCCUUAUCCCUCAUUUUGAACUUUUUUUCUAUUUUACGGCGAGUAAAUUUUUGUUUUCUUUUUGUUUUUGGUUUAGAUAUCUGUUGUAAUAAACCUCUGUUUUCAGCAGAACGCCAAGAGUCUUCCCCUGUCCCAAUGGCUGAAAGUUGUCGACUUUUGCCGACGAACCAAUCAGGACUUCUACGUGGACGAAAACCACCUCGUUUUCAUUAGUCGCAGCUGCCGCGAAGAGGUGCUUCGAGUCCCCAUGGAUCGAGUCUGCCCAGAGUGA